GCUGUGGAGGAUCCAGUCUCAAGUGUCACUGAGAGCAAAGAGUCUUCAAGACAAACUAGUUGAAGUAGAGACAAGAAACAGGACCCGUCCUCUGGUCUCGUUCAUCAGGACAGCAUUUUCUCACUCCAGGAUGAUCUUUCACCUUCCAAACCAACACAGAGCCUGGAGCUGCUCCAGCUAGGUCAAAUAAAUCAUUUCCACAAAAGAGGACUACAGAAGAAGAAGAGGAGGGGGGAGGCAAGUCAGUCCAUCAACAAAAGACAAGAACAACCAAUCAAGGUUAAAUUGGUGCCUUUGGGGACUACUGGAUAUAUUCUGUAUAUUCUAAAGCCAGAGGAAAGAAGGAGUUGAGAAGAAAAAGUGACGCAAGAAGAGAAAGAAAAGGGUUUCACAACUACAGAGGAGCGUGGAGUCGGUUGCAUCCAGUCAGAAGACAUAAAAGGAGAUACAAAGAUGAAAAUAACGAUUUAGUAUCAAGAGAAUAAAAACCACAACCACAGUCGUCUGGUUUUGUAAUUCCAUUCCAUGUUCAGAGAAAAGGAGGAAUAAAGCAGAAAACAAAGAGCCAGAAGAGGAGGACAUUUUUCUGCCACCCCACCACUGAUUGAAGAUGUUGUAGACCAGAGGAAUAUCAGCUCGUCAGUUAAAAAAAAUCAAGGGAAAGAGAAUUUAUAUUCACUUUUUGGUUUUUAAGGAGUUUAGUAAAUUAUUCUGAAAAGACGGAAGAAAACAACUUUUUGAAAAAGGAGGAGCAGAAAAAGUUGAAGGACUGACCAAAAAAAGUCAGCGGAAGCUACAGAUACGCAGGAGUGAAGAGCCAGAAGUGACAGAAUAAAUAAAAUACAGAUGAAUUAAAAGAAAAAAAGAGAAAAAGAGGGGAAAGGUGUACUUGAUAUCAAAAGCAGACACAGGAAAAAAACGGAAUAAUCAAGGGGGAAAGGAUGAACCAAGAGGAAAUGCAAGAUUAAAGAGCAAACUGAGGAGUAAUCCAAACAGUACAAGGAGGAUUAAGAACAAGAGUAGAAACACAAAAAAAAGAGAAAUCAGGAAAAAGAAUCCAGAAAAGGAGGAACUCAGUUUAAAAGGCUAAAUCAAGAGUAAAGAAGCCGGGGGACCCAGGUGUGACGAUGAGGCUCCUGGUGCUUCUUGCAGCUCCUCUCUCCAUCCUCGUCCUCCACAUGGCGGCGGCAGCCUCCCCGACAGGCAGCGUGGCCCCUGGACGGUUGGAGCGCUGGGUCCGCUCUGGCCUCCAGUCGCUGCAGUGGGACCAGCUGGACCGGUGCCUCCGCAUGUCCUCGCUCUCCGAGGCUGAGUGCAGGCGGCUCGCACACCUGCCAAUGUCCGCCGUGGCCGUUUACGUAUCGGAGCCACGCACAGCUGCAGGUAACUCGGACAAAGUUCUGGCCAUCCUGCCGGACUCCUCAGGUGGGAUGGUGAACACCAAACCACGGGGAGGUUACACCGUCAGCCAGGUGCUGAACAGAGGAGAGGGUCCACUCAGACACCAGCAGUCUUUCCCAGGCUCCACGGCCCAUGAUGCCGUGCUGGUGCUGGACCCGAGCCCUGGGGAGAACUUUGGGCACCCAGUGGUCCUCUUCUAUGUAGAUGUGAAUGUGACAAAGAAGAGGUGCACACAUCUGGAUGGCAUUUACCUGGGUGACGAGUGUUUGACUCUGGCUUUGAAGGGUCGUUGUCAGAACCAGCUGAAGCGUCGGCAAACCGGGCCAGAGAGGCUUAUGGGUAAUGGUCGGCUGCGCAGCGGGACCAUUACCACCAGCAGUGGUAGUCGCCUGGUGGAGCGGGCUGCUGGAGGGCUCUGUGAAGUCCACUUCCUUCCACUGGUGGUUGGAGUCGGAGACAGUAACCGGACGCAGAGACUCAGAUGUGUUGAGCAUGCAGAGUUUGCAAGAUGCCCUCAGCCAUUGCCAAUGGGCUCUCCCAGUUUGCCUGUCUCAAGCUGUGAACUAAAUAAAAACACCAGACGCUGCCACCAGCAGCCCUUGGCCACUCACCUCUCCUGCCGACUCUACCAGACCUGUGACCACGCUGUGCUCAUCUCAGGUGGCUGGCAGCAGCAGAUGACGUUCCAGCGCCAUGUCCAGAAUCUUCAGAAGUUCUACAGAAUGUUGCAGAACAAUGGCUUCCAUAAAGAUCACAUCAAGACGUUCUUCGCCAGCAGUGGACAGUUGCCUGAGGAUAUAGAGGGGGUGUACUCCGCAACAGAGAAAGCUGUGAUUCGGAACCACGUGUCGUACGUCUGCAGGAAGCAGCACUGCGCCGACACGCUGGUUCUUUACCUGAACUCACCAACACGCAAUGACGGCACAAUGCUGCUGUGGGAUGCCAACCUAAACGGCAUUGCUGAUCUCAAGGAGCGCUACUCAGUCAAUGAGCUUCUUGCCGACCUGGCUGGCUGCAAGGCAACUCGGGUUUUGCUGUUUGUGGAUCAGAGCUACAGUGGCGUUCUGUCUAAGAGGCUGCGAGGGUCACAGAAACACCUGAAUGUGGUUCUGAUCCAGAGCCAGACACGGCAGACCUACAACCACCAGAGGCUGAGCCCGGGCUGGGAGGACAGCAGCUGGUCCUACAUCAGCUCUGCGACCUGCCUGCUGGACCACUUGGGAAAGGGCACUGGGAUGUCUCGCCUCCUGGAGCCAUGGGCCGGUCUUUUAAAUGUGACGCUGGCGGGUGCACCCUGCAAUGCCACUCCACCUCUGACGGAUGGCGAGAUGCGGCGAGAGUACCAGGGCUGCCAGAACCUACCGACCGCACUCUGGCACCAGAAACCCAGGAGGACCAACUGAGAGAGAGAGACACUGAGACUGACUGGGUGGGAGAGAGAGAGAGAGCGAGAGAGAGAGAGAGCAAGAGCGAGAGAGAGAGAGAGAGCAAGAGAGAGAGAGAGAACGACUGAGUGGGAAAACAAAUUAAUUAUGGACACACACAAGCAUUUCUAUCACACACAUGCAUAUAUGCGGGUGCGUGUUAACCUAGGACUUUAGCGUCAGUGUGCCGGUGGACACUGUUGUGUGUGCAUGUGUUUUCUGUCCUAACUCAGAUAGUAACCAUGGCGAUGACAGCUCAUCCCAAUGGGAGUGUCCUGAAUGCCAUUUGAACAUUGUGUGUGCUUAUGUUUGUGAGUUCAGCAAGAGGACAACCACUCUUGGAGACCAUUGCUAGCUUGUGCUUGGGCCAGUGUGUGUGUGUGUGUGUGUGUGUGUGUGUGUGUGUGUGUGUGUGUGUGUGUGUGCGUGUGUGUGUGUGUGUGUGUGUGUGUGUGUACAAGGCAUCUCCUGGGCACUGAAACAUUUCAGAGCCAAUCAUGUAUCUCUAUUUUUAUCUUUACGACAGUUAUUUUUUCUUUCUUCUGUUCUGUUCUUUCUGUCUUGUCUUCUUUUCAUUCUGUCCUUUGUUUCACCUUUUCUCAGCUACUCUCCUCCCACCUGUCCUUUCUUGACCUCCUUGUUUUUACUUUAUUUCCCUCUUCCAUCUGUUUCUCUUUCUAAAUUAAACCUUAAAUUUCUUCAUGUGUUCCUUUUUUUUUUUUUUUGCUGGCAUUCCACACUUCAUUUCCUUAUCCACCAUAUUAGCUUGAAAAAGUCACAAAACAUCAGACCUGAAAACUGAAGGUGAGUUUUGUGCAUUUAGUCAAUCCUUUGUACGGCGAUAGCACCACAUAGUUUCAGCUGGGAGAUUUAAACGUUGCCAGUUCACUGCUCCUUUAAUCUAAUCUAAUAAAUUAACAAAAUGAUGUGAAGUACAUUUUAAUGUCACGAAAGGAGACAAUUUUACACCAAUAGUCUUUUACCAAACUUAAAAAUAGAACCGACAACUUCUGAAUUAUGAUUUCUAUCUUUUGCUGAACAAAGACAAACUUAAUUGCCUCAUUAACUCGUCGUCCUAAAAGACACUGUUCAAACUUGACAUAGAUUAAAUAAAAAUUGACAAAACACUCUUGGUUUGUCUUUCCACAGACACCUCGUGUUUGGCCGAAAUAAAUCUGCAAUUUCUAGCUUAAGAUGUAGUAAAAUGAAUGCCUAGUGCUAAUGCCAGACUCUCUCUUGCCCCUCUGCUGCUUUCAUCCCUGGUCUGUUCAUGCAUGUUGCUGAGCCUGGUUGAGCUUGGCCACUAGCUCCAUGGCUAGCUGAGCUAAUAAGCUAAUGGUAGCUUGCUAUAGUCUAGUAUAGUCAGCAAAGAGCAGCAGUUGGUGGUUACUCUGUUGAAAAAUGUUGCCUCCUACAAAAGUUGGAGUUCCCAUAUUUAACAUGUUGCCCAUUUAAAGAACCCAGUAGGAGAUAGGACGUGAAGCCUGGUCUUCUCGUCUCAUUGUUGACAGAGUGAACAAAUAACCAAAAGCAAAUGAAGAUUUUAAUUUGCAGUGGGGCAGACAACCCGAUGAGACACCUGAUAGAUUUAACUUGGUUCUCUAAACCCCUUUUUGGUCGUGAACACACACAUUGAAGCAGAGUGGUGUCCGAAGUCCAGCAAUUUUAUUUUUAAGAUUUUCGAGAUGGAGGACCUUUUAUGCUUUUUAACCUGACGAAGAGGGAAAGUGAGAGGCACUGAGACAGAGAGACAAAAACUGAUCAUGAUUAAGAUAUGAAGCACUGAGACUGCCCUCACAGCCACACAGACUGGCUAUGGCAUUUUUGAUAAGGGCACUACUUGCUAGUGUGUUUGUUUGUGUGUGUGUGUGUGUGUGUGUGUGUGUGUGUGUGUGUGUGUGUGUGUGUGUGUGUGUGUGUGUGUGUGUUCUCGCGCUCAAUCACAUAGACAGAGGCAUCACAUGAAACAUGCACACGUUCUAAGAUUAACCCAUUCCCACAAUAAUGACGUACAUGCUGUCCUCUACUGUCGGUGAUACUCUGUGAUGUCUGUCUGUACAUUACCACCUGUCCUUUCUUCCUGCCAGUAACCAUAUAUACCACAUCCAAGUGUACAUCUCAUUCUCUCCCAGCUGUUUUGUACUCAUGUCUGUUGGUGUACUGAUUUGUUUUAUAUUAGAGGUUUAAGAGAAAUGGAAGUUGAACGGAAGACCCACUUUCCAAAUGUGGUGGAUGUUUUGAACCUGAACUGUGGUGUCCAGCCAGUUGACAUGUGCAUAUUCACAGUUUGUGUAAUCAUCUGUACAGAGUGUGAGAUGUAAUUUAGCAGAAAUGUUUCUAGGUGCAUGCAGCAAAUCACAAAUUCUAGUCAAUAAAGUACUUUUAGAAAUCA